AUGGCGCAGCCUUCUCUUCCUUCCCAAGCGAAUGACGCUUCACGUUCCAGUCCAAGCUUGGUCAGCCAGAAUGCUGCGGCUGGAGUAAAGAGAAAAAGAACAGCCGAGCGGAAAUAUUAUGCCGUGAGGCAAGGGAAGACGCCUGGGAUCUAUGACACAUGGACGGAUUGUCUGGGUCAAGUCAAGGGGCACAAGGGUGCUGUGUUCAAGGCCUUUCAAUCCCUUCAAGAGGCCCAAGCUUUCAUGGACGGCAAAACCCUCGCAAACACCAACAGUUCCAAAGAGCAAAAAUUCUACGCCGUCCAGAAUGGAAGAGUCCCAGGGGUGUACACCGAUUGGAUCCAAGCUCAAGCUCAGAUUCGAGGGAUCAGCAAACCUAAACACAAGAAAUUCAAUACGCGAGCAGAGGCAGAAGCAUUUGUGGCCGCAGGUGCAAAAGCCAAUGGCUCUGAAUCCGCCCACAGUGCCACCCCAGAAGAGGAGAUACGUCGCUUGAUAGUCCGCCGUUCCGCGCCUGGGUUGCAAAUCAAUGGAACAUAUUCCCCGACAGACAAAGACGGAAACCCUUACGAAGUCGGCCGGGGUCCUCUGCCACCUGAUGCUGAGGAUGGUUAUGAUCCAAAUGUCAGGUUGGGGCCCGAUGGUACCAUUGUCAAUCGAACUGAGGAAGAGAAGAACAGAACCAAAAUGAUGGCGAGACAGAAAGAGUCUCCGGGCAUGCUCCGCAUCUACACGGACGGCUCGAGUCUGAGAAACGGCCAAGCAGGUGCGAGGGCGGGAGUAGGAGUGUUUUUUGGACCUCAGGACCCAAAGUAUGCCAACUCUCCAUCCUCCAAACCCAAAUCCAAGCCAAAGUCCAAGUCCAAACUCAAACCCGUCCGUUACACUGCGUCCAACAAGCCACAACUUGUUUAUACCAUGGAUUGGACGGCUCGUCAGCUCGGCUCUGACGAUGGGCGAGCCAAGAAACGGCAGGCAGGCGAAGAGGAUGACGAUGAAACGGAAAAGGGAACAGAAAAGCUAACGAAUUGGCGUUAUAGAAAUGUCUCCGAGGCACUGAAAGGCAGCAAACAGACCAACCAACGGGCUGAAUUGACUGCCAUCUUACGAGCAUUGGACAUCGCUCCCCGGCACAGAGAAGUCACCAUCUACACAGACAGCAAAUAUGCCAUUGAUUGUGUGACGAAUUGGUACCGAAACUGGAAGAAAAAUGGCUGGGUCAACUCCAAGGGGAAGCCUGUGGAAAACAAGGACCUGGUGAUGGAUAUCCGAGAGAAAAUCGAAGAGAGGGAGCACCUUGGGAAGGUCACAUAUUUUGUGUGGGUCAAGGGCCACAUGAACAAUCCAGGUAAUAUUGCGGCGGACCGUUUGGCUGUACAAGGGGCGAUGACCGGGAGAGGGCUUGAGGAUGGGACAGAUGAAGGGUCUAAGGGUGCCGAAGGAGGUGGGGAGAACGCAGCGUUGGGCGAGGGUGAGCUGGAAGUGGAUGAAGAGGCCGCGAUAUUCCGGGCGAUGGAGCUCGCGAUGGAGGAAGACCUUGAUGCCCAGUUUCAGUGA